UAUCACAAUCUGGCAUCGUGGGACAUCUGUGAGUCUUCCAACCACUAGCAAUUCUUUUCAUUGCAAUAUACUAACUGCGCCAACUUUUCAUCAGUUCUUUACCUUGUUUCUGCUUGGGUCGGUUUCUCAGCUUCACCAUCGGUUCACGACCUCCAUCUACCUUCUUGUCGUAAAGACGCCAGAGCUUCACGAUCUAAAAGCGAAUUCUUGUGCGCGCCUAUUAUUUAUUCUUUAUUUGCACAUCUAAUACGAUUAUCUGGUUGAUUUGCCAGCAUCUGCCCUGGUCUUAGUUCCCUGUCGCCACCAUAGCAGUUGUAAGUUCCUCCACGAUGAAGCUCUUUCGUUAAGCGAAUCUCUUUUUUCUUGAUACCAAAUUCCUGGGCUUUCUUUUUACCACACUUCUAUUUUGACUUUGCUAUUGCAUUCAGUCUGCAAGAAGCUACUCCUCACUCUCUUUUGUUAACUCCAACUCUUCUGAGUUGGUCGGCUAAUUUGACCGAGUUUGUGUUCGGCUACUUGUUCCUCACUCUAUCCCAAAACCCAAGUCAACUUUUUCUUUGGUACUACCUUAUCCUUCCAUUUGCUUCUUUUCUCCUUCUAUUUCCAGCAAGGGUUUCCUGUGGCAUGUGGCAAUGCAAUGCGUACAUCUCCACACUCUGGAAUUGAAACAAUCUCCGGACGUUACACAUAUUGCCAAAGGGUACCAAACUUAAGCAAUUCUUCCACUCGCGAGUUUAAUUGCCGUUAUUUUCUCAGCUCUUCUGUUGACGUCGAUUCUUAUGUUGUCUUUGACAAAUCUAGCUAACAUUCUUUUACCAAAGACUCAUAAUGGCGGAAAUGGGAGUUAGAGACUGGAUGGAGGCCCUUUUUCUUAAGGAGGGUCAAGCUUUGGAGGAGAGAGCUGCCGUGGACGAUAUUUCUGGAUGUAAGAACAAUAAUUCAGGGUCACCAACAGCACCUAUUGACACCACAGCCUUUGACCUUGGAUCCAUGACAUUGCUUGAAUUUACACAGGAUUUGGAGCCAUACGUCGGGGAAGAACAAAUCGAUCUUCUUAUGGUUAGUAGAGGUAUGUAAUCUAUUUCGCCUAUUUUGAAAUAUCAAAUACCUGAUAUCCUUAGGGAUGUCUCUUUUCGCGAUGAUGCUGGCAUCGAUGGAUUCCAACUCGGUUUCACGUCAAGACAGUAAGCACCCAACUUAUAUCCACAAGCGCUAGACUAAUCGACUCCAGCCCAAUUGAUUUGUGAAUACCUUCGGGCUCGUCUGGAGAAUAAUAAUGAGGUCCUCAAUUACAAAUAUGGACUGAACGAGGUCGCCGAUUCUCUUCUUCAAGUCGUAACCUGGAAGAGAUUUGUUCCUGGUGAAGCUGCACCCCUGGCCAAAGCCAUUUAUAAGCUUUGCCAAGGGGACUCAAAUACCUUUAUGAACCAGACUCCUUCCACUCGACGAAAGUACUACGUAAUCAUCGAUUACCUAAACACAAAAUACCAGCAACACCUUGAGCGAGAUAUGGGAGCUUCGGAAUUUGUAACUGGUCUGGUCGAAUUGGGAGCGCGAGAAAAGUCAGCUAUUUGUUUGAAGGACGUUUUCUCAUUAUACGUUGCUGUCGGUUCUGGUUGGACUUUGGGCUCAGAGGAUUACAAGCAGCUUUGGAAUUCUUUUAUGCGAUACUUUCCGAUAACCCUGACUGUAACUCCAAACGACCAACCUACACCGGAUGAGCUGAGAGAAUUAUUGACUAGAUGCUUUACAGCAAAUGAUUUCUAUGCCAAAGAGGCAUUUGAAAAAUUCUUGGGAGAGCUCGAUAUUGAUCAAUCUGCCAAUACAAAGGUACGAGGUUCUAAGUAUGAUUUGUUGUUUUUGACUAACCUCCAGAUAGAAGCAACUCCUGCUCGCCACUAAAUCUUGUGUCAAGGCAUUCCCUAUCCACACUUUAACUGAAUGGGCAUCUAAGAUUUGGGAUAGCCUUAAGUUUGAAAUUUGGAACGGAGAAAACGAAGAGUUUAUUGAGGACUCACUUGAUAUCAUUCAUUCACUGGCGGCACAAUUAACAAAUGCUGACUGGAAUUGGAAUGAGAAAAGCGAGGUUUCCUCCUUCAUCGAUUCGGUUGUUGCGGAGAUCUUUGAGCGAUUAUCAGAUAUGAAGAGAUACAUUUCUGGUAGUGAGCGUAUGUUCAAUGCCAUUGCUUCUUCAUCGCCGUUAUCUCUACAUCUUGUGAUGAAAGGUGUCUUUCCGGGAUUAUGCAUCAUGGCUCAAGACGAGCAGUCUAAGGUUUCAAAGGAGUCAAUCAUUGGAGUAUUCAAUUCUAUUCUUAAAGCACGGGUUGAUAUCGCAGCAGGUACGGACACGUAUGAAGAUCGAUAUCACAUGGAUCCUACAGCUUUCAUUAUUUCUCCACAAGAGCGAUACAACCAAGAAGGUGUGUUGAUCAAGGAUAUGAAAGCUUUUAGCGAAGCAAUCAGAGAUCUAUACUUUGGCGCUAUAUCGGAGCUAAAGGCUGGCCUGAGCGAAGACUCUUCCAUGGCUGGUUCCGUAGCUCAAGGGUUCGUAUACCUCCGAAAGAUAGUAGGUCUAUUGGGAGAUUCCGCAGAAAUUAUUCUGGAAACUCUGAAUGAAGUCGCUUUGGCAAAGACUUCUUCGGUAGAUUUACAGCAAGCCGCUCUGAAAUCGAUCCAAGAAAUUGUUUCGUUCGAUACAUCUGGCUUUUUACAAUCCACCCUACCAAGCUUUUUGAACGAACUACCUGAUGAGAUUGACAUCGCAGGUGGUUCUGAUGUUCUAGAAAGAGCGACGGAUAUCCUGGAGAAUCUAGUACAGAUUGCUUGCAGCAAUUCUCUCAAUCACAUCAACUUUCACGAAUCUCUGUUGGCUAAGUUUGAUGCAGUGCGUCAACACAAGGGACAACUGCAGUAUCUAAAUGUUAUUAUUGCAGCAUCACACAGAGCCUUAUCUCUUUAUGAAAGUGUAUUACCCGCAGGUCGUCGCGAUGCAUUCAUUCUGCCUCUGGAAGACAGAAUCAAUGGCCCAUACUCAAGCAUCGUCGUCCCACUCCUUGACCGCGUGGUUGGCGUAGUAGGAGAACCCGGUUCUGCAUAUCUUGGAUUGCAAAACUCUGUAGAUCCUACACAACCCUGGAACGACCUUACUAUCAGUUUACUGGGACAAAUGUUAACAAUCGCCAUGCUUACCGAAUAUCAUCAAAUUGUUGUUGAUGAAGAGGGUGUAGAGAUCGACAAGAAAUUGGACAAUAUUCUCGUUUCCUACGACAAGAAUAAACCUGAAGGUGUCCCGCAUGGUCUUGUCACAUUGUUUCGAAGUGAGGAAGACUACAGUAAGGUCAAUCCUGACAAUGCCAGGGAUUUCGAAGGUUGGCCUCAAGAUCGAAGUCUCCUUAUGUUCUUGGUUGCGUCUCUGGUAGCCGGGAUCAACCCCAAAGACGAACCUGUAAGUACAUCUCCAACUCCUGAUCCGAUUCGUAGUAACCCUGGCUUAGCACAUCUGGAAUUCCAUCGGUGUGGUGAAAAAUACUAUCACAAUGAUCGAAGCAUCCAUGAGCACCACAGUGGAGGCUUCGGAGCUCGCCCGCAUCUCAUUCCUCUACAACAUGCAACUUUUGGUAAACAAGUACCACGCUGGCUCGCGUUCUGCUUUGGAUCAUGGUUAUCCUACAGUUGGCGAUUGGAUGUUGUCCAUCGUGCAGAAAGCCCAAUCUGGCACACCGAUACAGAUCGACAAUGUCUACCGUACACUAAGUUAUUACACAGCUGCGUCAUUAGCCGCCUAUAAAUCUAGCGGUAGCGAAGCAAAACAGUUCCUCACCCAAAUGAUAGAAGGCAUCGCCAUCCCAGGCCACAGUCUCAAAAUCGCCCAAUCUUUCCGUAUCCUCCUCGCCCCCUCACCCAUCCUCACCAAGAAGAAUUUCUGCACCAUCCGUCCACUUCGUCAAGGUCUCCUAUUCAACCACGCGGCGAAGGAACUCAUUGACCUCUGGCGAUCAACUGAAGAUCAGGAUAUCAAGGGUAAUUACCUCGUUGCUCUGGCCGGAAUUCUGGCUUUCCUCGAUCCGGCCAUGUUGGUGGAUAAUGUGGAGAUGCUUUUCCCAGCUAUUCUGGAGGGCACGAAUUGUGGACAUGCUGAGUGGACUCAGGAGACGUUUAUUCAGCUUGUGUUUACGCUUGUUCCGCUAGCUACUGGGGUUAUUGAGGAGUAUCUUGACUCUGUCAUUUCGAGAAUGACGGAUCGACUGAAGGUUUCUGGUGGAACUGCAAGUGGAACUGGAACUGGUGCUAGUGCUAGUGCUGCUGAGACUGAAGGCGCCACUAACGAGGUUGGCAACACCGUAGGAGCAAGCGUCAAGGGUAGAGCCAUGGCAUUGGAAGUCCUCACGUUGCUUGUUAGCCAUGUUGAUGCGGGGAAGCUUGAGGUGAGAAAGUUCCGGGUUGUGGGCGAGGUGGAUGGUGCGUUGAAUGAUCCGAGACGGGUGGUGAGACAUAAGGCGGAGGUUUGUAAGAUGGUUUGGUUUAAUCUUAAGGGUUAG